AUGUUUGGGAGGGCACCGAAGAAGAGUGAUAACACUAAGUAUUAUGAGAUUCUUGGAGUGUCUAAAACGGCGUCACCGGAUGAUUUGAAGAAGGCGUACAAGAAAGCUGCCAUCAAGAAUCAUCCAGAUAAGGGUGGAGAUCCUGAGAAGUUUAAGGAGCUUGCUCAUGCUUAUGAGGUUCUUAGUGAUCCUGAAAAGCGUGAGAUAUAUGACCAGUAUGGUGAAGAUGCACUCAAGGAAGGAAUGGGUGGAGGUGGUGGCAUGCACGAUCCGUUCGACAUUUUCUCAUCCUUCUUCGGUGGAAGUCCAUUUGGAGGUGGUGGUGGUAGCAGCAGAGGAAGGAGGCAGAGGAGAGGAGAGGAUGUAGUCCAUCCACUGAAGGUCUCUCUUGAGGAUCUGUACCUCGGUACCACAAAGAAGCUUUCUUUAUCACGCAAUGCACUGUGUUCGAAGUGUAAUGGCGAAGGAUCAAAAUCUGGAGCUUCAAUGAAGUGCUCAGGGUGUCAAGGGAAAGGGAUGAAGGUUACAAUAAGACAGCUUGGCCCCGGUAUGAUUCAGCAAAUGCAACACCCAUGCAACGAAUGUAAAGGAACUGGAGAGACUAUUAGCGAUAAAGAUCGAUGUCCUCAAUGCAAAGGUGAAAAAGUUGUUCAGGAGAAGAAAGUUCUGGAAGUUCAUGUAGAAAAAGGUAUGCAAAAUGGUCAGAAGAUUACAUUCCCCGGAGAAGCUGAUGAAGCGCCUGAUACAAUCACUGGGGACAUAGUUUUUGUCCUUCAGCAGAAGGAACACCCUAAAUUCAAGAGAAAAGGUGAAGACCUUUUCGUGGAGCAUACUUUGUCACUCACUGAAGCUUUAUGCGGCUUUCAGUUUAUAUUGUCUCACCUUGAUGGCAGACAGCUUUUAAUUAAAUCACAACCUGGGGAAGUUGUGAAGCCUGAUUCUUUCAAGGCAAUAAAUGAUGAAGGAAUGCCAAUGUAUCAAAGACCAUUCAUGAAGGGUAAACUGUACAUUCAUUUCACUGUGGAUUUCCCAGAUUCUUUAAGUCCCGAUCAAGUCAAGGCCUUGGAGGAAAUUCUUCCUCCAAAGCCUCAGUCACAAGUAACGGACAUGGAACUGGACGAGUGUGAGGAGACGACUCUACAUGAUGUUAACAUUGAGGAGGAGAUGAGGAGGAAGCAGGCUCAGCAUCAAGAGGCGUAUGAUGAGGAUGAGGACAUGCAUGGUGGAGCCCAGAGGGUGCAAUGUGCUCAACAGUGA